AUGUACAACUCAAUAACUAAACUCGAAGAUUUUUCCUUGGAAGUCAUUCUGGAAAUUUUCGACUACCUUUCGGUAAUCGAUCGUUUCAACGCAUUUCAUAACCUUAAGAAAAAGCUAAACUCGGCGUUGUACUUAUCCGAUCUUUGCGUUGAUUUAACCAAUAUAUCUCGACAAACGUACGAGAACAUCUACCAAGAUGUCAUUCUCAAGAAUUAUUUUCCACGGGUACGUACGCUAAAAAUAAGCAAUGAUUUAACGACUGGUUUAAUCAAUACCGUUUUCAAUCAAAUCAAUCUGCACGAUUAUAAACAACUCCGAUCGUUAACAUUAAUUAAACCAUGUUACAUGACAUUGGGUAGUCUUGCCCUUUCCAUUCCAUAUUUAACAAAACUGGAACAUCUGUCGAUUGAUUCUCACUCAUAUCCACACGAUUUUUUUCGUUUAAUUACGACAACAUCGUCAUCAUUGAAAGCAUGCUAUUUACCUGGAUUAGAAAUUCAAGAUGAAAUAACAUUUUGUUCGAAUUCAAUCACGUGUCUAACAAUCACAGUCGAAGAUAUCGGUUUAUUGUUAAAUCUGUUAGCUGUUUUUCCUUGUUUAACUUACCUUCAUGUUAUUUUACGAUCGACAUUAUUUAUUGACGAUGAAAAUUUUCCUCGAAUGAACAUUCUUUCAUGUGAAAGCUUACAAACAUUGAAAUUACAUGUACUCGAAAGAUCGAGCAUUGAAUUUCGUGAAAUCGAAAAAUUCUUUCAACAAACAACUCUCCCGCAACUGCAAACAUUAUCAUACACAUGUACAACACCAUCUCUGGAUCAUGUAGAUGCGGCACGUUGGAAUGAAAUUCUUUCGGUCCAUCUGCGAACAAUAAAAACAUGGAAAUUCUUCGUUGAAAUCCCAUAUAAUUCGAAUUCAUACACGAGUAUGAAACAAAUCGUGGAGAAUUCUCAAACAAUUCUUCCAUCUUCAUUUACAUUCACAUUAUCCAUCAAUUACCAAUAUUACAUCGUUCAUACAAGCAUCUUUCCGAAAAGACAUUUUGAUUUAUCCUUAAAAUCAUCAAAUUCAGACGAUUAUGCUAAUUGCGAUCCAAUUCAUUGUGACUCAACGAUAAAAUAUUCAAAUAUCAAUUCCCUGAUCGUUGAUUGCAGCUCCCUACCGAAUUUGACAACUUUACCUAAAAUUAUUCAACAUUUACAUCUAAAAGGAACCAAUAAUAAUUUGGUUCUUUCCAAAUGUCUGAAAUGCUGCUCAAACCAAUUGAUUACAUUGAAAAUAUCAGGCUUGAUGGAUGAUUUACUUUGCUUACCCAACCUUCGACAAUUAACCAUUCAGAAUACAAUGUUUAAAACAGAUAUGAUAUCGAAACUAGUUCAAUUUUGUCCUCGGUUAGAAUUACUCACAAUUGAAAUCGAUUCGAUUCCGGAUUUUUCCGAUCUAUUCAAUCGUCUGCAAUCAGAAUCUCAAUUGAAUGAACUUAAAUUUCUACGUGUAUACUCACGAGAUCCAAAGCAUACGUGGACAUCUUGGUCAAACGAAGGGAACGACUUAUUUUCAAAUGUGAAAGUGAUUUAUGAAACAAAACAUUUAUUUCUAUUUAUUUGGUUCUAA